CGAGCGCGAGCGCGUCAGGGGAGCGGGAGCGCGCGCGGCGUCACAUCACCAGGUCGGGGCCACGGAGCCGGCGGACGGUCGGUGGCGACUCAGCGACCGCGUCUCCACGAUUCCAUAUCGUGUUGUGUAAUCCAUGUAUGGACCUGCUGCAAAUGAAAUAUGUAUUUAAUUGCUGGAAACCAUGAAGUUACCAAAACUUGCCUUUGUUUUUGUCCUGUUCAUUUGCCUGUGCCUCUACAUCUAUCAAAAGAAUCCUUUCCGAAGGAUACAGAAUGGGCUCAGAUUCCACCUGCAGGCCACUGGCCAACAGCCCACUGCCCGCUGCUUCUAUGGGAUCAUGUUUGAUGCUGGCAGCACUGGCACACGGAUCCAUGUAUUCAAGUUUACCCAGACUACAAACGGAUCUCCUAAACUUGCAAAUGCGAUUUUCAAAGCCUUGAAGCCAGGAUUGUCGGCAUAUUCGGACAAGCCGGAAUUGAGCACUAAGGGAAUUGAAGAACUGCUGGAAGUUGCCAAAAGCUGCAUUCCUCGUGACUAUUGGGCAAGCACACCGUUAGUACUGAGGGCCACGGCUGGCUUACGCCUGUUACCUGGAGAGAAAGCCCAGCUUUUACUGCAUACGGUAAAAGAAGUCUUUCAAGCAAGCCCUUUCCGAGUAUCAACAGAUUGUGUUAGCAUCAUGGAUGGGAGUGAUGAAGGUAUCUCGGCAUGGAUUACAGUCAACUUUUUAACAGACACCUUGCAAGACUCAAAGCAAAAUGCUGCCGGGAUGCUUGACCUUGGAGGUGGCUCCACCCAAAUCACAUUCUUACCUCAAACUGAGGUGACACUCCAAACCUCUCCUGUUGACUGUAUUACCUCAAUUCAGAUGUUCAAUAGCACCUACACCCUCUACUCACACAGUUACCUGGGACUUGGCCUGAUGUCAGCAAGGUUGGCAAUCUUAGGAGGAACUGAAGGUAGACCAACUGAGAAAGAUCAAGAGCUGGUCAGUCCCUGCCUGUCUCCAGACUACAAGGCAGAAUGGAAACAUGCCGAGAUUGUUUACCGUAUUAAAGGACAGAAAGCAGGAGAGCCUCUCUAUGAUGCGUGCUACUCCAGGAUAGAGAAGAUGCUUUACAAGAAGGUGCAUCAGCCCUCGGAAGUGCAGAACAUCCCAUUCUACGCCUUUUCUUACUACUACGACACUGCAGUCGAUGUGGGGCUGAUUGAUGAAGAGAACGGAGGCACUUUAACUGUUGAAGAUUACGACAGAGCAGCCGAGCAGGUCUGUUACAGUAUGGAAACUAAAUCAACAGAUAAGCCGUUUCUUUGCAUGGAUCUUGUGUACAUAACUGUUCUGCUCCAGGAGCUGGGUUUCGAAAAAGAUGCCGUGUUAAAGCUUGCUAGGAAGAUCAAUGGUGUUGAGAGCAGCUGGGCGCUGGGAGCUACGUUCCAUUACAUCGACUCCCAUCACUGACACUGGAGCAAGGAGCUGACGUUUACAUUCUCAAUCAACUCAAUCAGAGUUGAAAACAUGCCUUGCUUCUUCAAAAUAUUGCCUUCUCUGCAUGGGGACUGGGAGAUCUAAAAAUGCGGGUCUUGACUUUGUUGAUUUUAAUAUUUUGUGUCAGUGCGGUUUUAUUUUAGUGGAACAAAAGGGUAUUGAUCAUUGGAGAGUUGUAACAUGGGCAAAAUUCUGCAUGACGCUUCAACAAAUGGUGAGAAGCAAUGUGUUAUUUCAAGCCCUAACUUUAACCUGUUCAGUGCCACCCCCGAGUAUACUUGGGUAAUGGUCAAUAGUGGUGGAAAAAACCUGGCCGUGAACAAAUUAAUUAAGAAGCAACAGAAAACGUAAAUGUGGCAAAGGUUUAUUUUGAGGGAAUACCACCACCAUUCUUAUACAGUUGGACUGUUCAAGAUUUAAACUCUGCAAGGUCUUUCCAUUUAAAGAUUUUGUGUCACACGAUAGAAUUUUGUGUAAUCUUCACUCGAUAGAAUUUCAGGUGGUAUUCUUCUCCUUUGCUGCACCAUGAAAAUAACCAACAAAUUACUGAUGGGGAAAAACGGCAGCUUAGGGUUGGGCAUUGAAUCAAACUUUAAUCAAUUGUUGGUCCACUACGGAGUGAAGUUGAUUUUGGGUUCAGGGUCUGUAAUAUUUUAUUGUUAUUCUGUGUGCAUCAAGGAGCAGCGGGGAGAACUGGGGCAACAUUUUAUACCCACAGUUGACACAUCCGGCAGGGAGCCUUUCUCAUGUGGAAGUGUCUGUCAACGGAGUACGUUUCUAAAGAGAACAAAGUUUUCCAUGAUCCCUGUCGACAUUGUGUUGACUAUGUCUACUGUACAAUGUUUGGUAGAGAUAUUCUGGCUCUUUAUAUGGGACAGAAAUCCUCUAUAAAGGUCCUCACAGAAAACCCUUAUAAUUACAUCCCCCUUGUACUGUAAUACCCCCUCUCAUUCUCCUGCACCCACCCCACCCCUCCAUUUCCCUCUGUGCCAACAGCACCUCAUAUUCUACUUGGGGUAGUUUACAACCCAGUAGUAUGAACAUUGAAUUCUCCAAUUUUAGGUAACCUCUAACAACCCCCCCACCAUCUAGACGCACCAAUUUCCCCUCUACUCAUUCCUUCUUCUGGCUUCAUAAUUCACAUCUCAGGCCUUUGUCAAACUAUCUUCCAAUCAACACUCCCCCCUCGCCUGUGUUUACCUAUUACUUGGCACUUUUACCCUGCCCCUCUUCUCUUCCAGUUUUCCUCCCCUCCCACUCCGUAAUCAGUCUGAAGAAGAUCAUGAGAUAGGAGUAGAAUUAGACCAUCAAGUCUACUCCGCCAUUCAAUCAUGGCUGAUCUAUCUCUCCCUCCUAACCCCAUUCUCUUGCCUCUCCCUAUAACCUCUGACACCCGUACUAAUCAAGAAUCUAUCUCUGCCUUAAAUAUCUUAAAUAUGUCCACUGACUUUGCCUCCAGAGCCUUCAGUGGCAAAGAAUUCCACAGAUUCACCACCACCUGACUAAAGAAUUUCCUAAUCUUCCUAAAAUAUCGUCCUUUAAUUCUGAGGCUAUGUCCUCUAGUCCUAGACUCUCCCACCAGUGGAAACAUCCUCCCCACAUCCACUCUAUCCAAGCCUUUCACUAUUCUGUGAGGUUUCAAUGUGGUCCCCCCUCUUUCUUCUAAACACCAGCAAAUAUAGCCCCAGUGCUGUCAAAUUAUGCAAAGAAGGGUCCUGACCCAUAAAGUCACCUAUCCAUGUUCUCCAGGGGUACUGCCUGACCCUCUGAGUUACUCCAGCACUUUGACUUUUUUAUAAGAAACGUCUUACCAGGAAAUAUUUGUUUAUUAAUUGCAUUUAGUAACCUUGAAUAAUUUGGUACAUCAAAACGUAAGCAUUCUAUUAUUACCUUAUUGCCUAUUGGGGACUUUGUAAUAGAUGAUCAAUGUUGAUCAGAAAAUACAUCCCCACUGCCAAAAUCACUUCACUCCUCCCGAAAAUGCGGGAGAAUCUGAUGAAGCAAAAUGUUGUAAGAAUGGGGAGGAAUCCCAGUCUGUCUUCCUUGAACCUACUGCUCUGCUCUUGCUGGAUACCAUACAAAUACAGAACAGAAUUGGCUGACAAUUCUAUGCGUCCAUUGAAAAAUUUAUCACCCUCCUAAAUGGAUAUAAUUUGGACAAAACUUACGGCGCUUUGUAAUGAAUUUGUAUCUUUAAGUCUCUUAGUUGACCCACUUAAGUUACAGCAGGAUGCUGUGACAUGCAAAUUCAGUAAAGAUACACUAAUAUCCCAGAGUGUAACAAUAUUCAUAUGACAUUUGGAAAUCUCACUCAUCCCAAAUCCUUUGUGGUCAGGACUGCCUAUCACUCUGUUGAUGUAUUUGUAUCAUUGAUCCUUUUAGUUUAAGUUCAUUUUAUAUCUUACCGCAAGUCAUUCUUCCUUUAUUCCUUGAUUGUAAGUUUGUGCUUACUUUUUAAAAAAAUCUACAGAACUAAUGCGACUUACUCAACUAUCAAUUAAUCUGCAAACAUAGUUGCAACUGGUAUUUUUAAUUCACAGAUCGGGAAUUAUGCAAAUAAAUUAUUUUUUGAUGUUCAACUGCAA